CAGCUCCCGCGGCGGAGCCGGGGCCGGGGACGGAUGGUCAGAGGAGGCCGCCAGCAGCAGCCGCGGACCCGCCUGCCCUCCAGACUAACUGGCACAGUGGAGAAACCGCCUCGAAAACGGAAAACCAGGACUGAAUUUGCUCUUAAAGAAAUCAUGUCCUCUGGAGGAGCUGAAGAUGAUAUCCCACAGGGAGAGAGAAAAACAGUCACUGAUUUUUGUUACCUACUGGAUAAAUCUAAGCAGCUGUUCAAUGGGUUAAGAGACUUGCCACAGUAUGGACAAAAGCAGUGGCAAUCCUACUUUGGGCGAACUUUUGAUGUCUAUACCAAACUCUGGAAGUUCCAACAGCAACAUCGUCAAGUCUUGGAUAAUCGGUAUGGCUUGAAGCGGUGGCAGAUAGGAGAAAUUGCUUCCAAGAUUGGACAGCUUUACUACCAUUAUUACCUGCGUACAUCUGAGACCAGCUAUCUGAAUGAGGCCUUUUCCUUCUACUCUGCAAUCAGACAGAGAUCUUAUUACUCUCAAGUCAGUAAAGAGGACAGACCUGAGUUGGUGGUGAAGAAGCUACGGUACUAUGCAAGAUUUAUAGUGGUUUGCCUUCUUCUCAAUAAAAUGGAUGUUGUGAAGGAUCUGGUCAAGGAACUGUCUGAUGAAAUUGAAGAUUACACUCAUCGCUUUAAUACUGAAGAUCAGGUGGAGUGGAACCUGGUACUUCAGGAGGUUGCAGCCUUUAUUGAGGCAGAUCCAGUCAUGGUUUUAAAUGAUGAUAAUACCAUUGUUAUCACAUCUAAUCGAUUGGCUGAAGCAGGGGCCCCCUUGUUGGAGCAAGGGAUGAUUGUAGGACAAUUGACUCUGGCUGAUGCCCUCAUUAUUGGCAACUGUAAUAAUCAGGUGAAGUUCAGUGAACUAACUGUUGACAUGUUCCGGAUGUUGCAGGCCUUAGAACGAGAGCCAAUGAAUUUAGCUUCACAGAUGAACAAACCUGGAAUGCAGGAAUCUGCUGACAAGCCUGCCCGGCGAGAAAACCCUCAUAAAUAUCUGCUGUACAAACCAACUUUCAGCCAGCUAUAUACAUUUUUAGCAGCUUCUUUUAAGGAGCUGCCAGCCAACAGUGUGCUCCUGAUUUACCUGUCAGCCACUGGAGUUUUUCCCACAGGUCGUUCUGAUAGUGAAGGCCCAUAUGAUUUUGGAGGAGUCCUCACUAAUAGUAAUCGAGAUAUUAUAAAUGGAGAUGCCAUCCACAAACGAAAUCAGACCCAUAAAGAAAUGCACUGCCUUCAUCCUGGAGAUCUCUAUCCUUUUACCAGAAAACCUCUGUUUAUCAUUGUGGACUCGUCUAAUAGUGUUGCAUACAAGAAUUUCACAAAUUUAUUCGGACAACCUCUAGUCUGCUUGCUUUCUCCAACAACAUAUCCAAAAGCAUUACAAGAUCAGUCUCAACGUGGUAGCCUCUUCACUCUCUUUCUGAACAAUCCUCUAAUGGCCUUCCUGUUUGUCUCUGGAUUGUCAAGUAUGCGUAGAGGUCUGUGGGAAAAAUGUCAAGAGUACCUUCGAAAAAUCAACCGAGAUAUUGCCCAACUGCUGACCCACUCACGGUCCAUAGAUCAGGCUUUUCUCCAGUUUUUCGGGGAUGAAUUUCUUCGCUUGCUUCUCACCAGAUUUGUCUUCUGUUCAGCUACCAUGAGGAUGCACAAGAUUUUUCGGCAGGAAACCCGAAAUUAUCCAGAAACAUAUCCUCAGCUGCCAAGAGAUGAAACAGUUGAAAACCCUCAUCUUCAGAAGCACAUUUUGGAGCUAGCGUCCAUCCUAGAUGUGCGAAACGUGUUCUUUGAGAAUACUAUAGAUGACUAUUAAUUGAACUCUUGUUGAAACUGUGUUUCAUUAGCCACAGAUUUUAAAUGGUGCAGUUUUUUAAUGUGAUGAUACAUAGUGGCAUUAAAUUUUUAUUUUUAAAUUUAGGACCACCAUUUUACAGACAACUCAAAAUAAUAUUCUUCUGACAGAUAGGGUAACUUUUGUAAUCCAAUCUUUGCGAUCUUUUAAAAGCUAGAAUAACCCUGAAAGUUUUUGUUGUUAUUGUUGUUGUUGUUAUUUAGGGGUUGAAGAGUCCCAGUUCCAACAACUGGUCCUAAAUUCAAACACAUACUCAGUGACCACUCUCACCCAGAGAAGAAUAAAUCAUUUAUUUUUGUAUGAUGAGAAAAAUCCAACAGUGAUAUUUUAUCCUGAAAAGUCUGGAUUUGGAAAAAUAUAGAAUUAUUCACAAAGAUGAACCCAAUCAACUUAGACCAAUACUAAGAAAAACAAAAGCAUAGCCCUUCCAUAACACUUGUUUUCACUCAAUAUCAUUAUUUAAAGAGGGAAAAAAAAGGCUGAUUCUUUGAGUUUGUAUGAAUUUGGCUCCUUUAAUCAUUCACUUUCUUUAAAUAUUUUCAGAUUUUUAGAUUUCUGUACAUGAUUUGCUGCUGAGUUUGAAUUUUUCUUGAAAAUUUGAGGUGAUACCUGACAGUGUAUUAGAGUUAUAUGUAUCUUUUUCUGUCAUCACGUGUAUGUAUGUCUUAUUUUCUAGCUCUUUCUCAUAUUGCCAAUCAUUUGAGAACCAUGUCUAAAAUACUUCAAUCUGAAUAACAAGCCCUCUCUAGCAAAAUGUCAUGCUUAUUGGCUCCAUAGUACAUUGACAUCAGCAGAAAAAUGUGAAUUUAAACUCUUUAACUAACAGGACCAAAUUUGUAAACUGAAUUUUUAUCUGUGAUAUCUCUAGCCACAAGGGUGCAAAUGGAAAAAGAUUGAAGUUUUAAUCAUGUCUGUGCCCUGCUCUGAAUCUGUAUGGCUUCAAAUAUAAGGCUGUCAUUACUUUUGGAGAUAGGGAAGAAGGGAGAAAAACCAGAUGAGGGAAAACUAAUGUUUGGUAUAUAUGGGAUCUUUCGUAUCCACACACACACACGCUUUUUUUGGGGGGGGGAGGUUGUUAAAGAGAAUUUGAUUUUCUUCUGUUGUACUGUUUAUUUUUCUAUUGGCACCAGCAAAGAAUCAACUUUUUUUCCCUCAUAGGGAUAGAAUGGAGCUAUCCUAUUGUAUUCUUUUGAUUGUACUCUAUUCUAAGUCUACAAGUAUAUGACAGAAAAUCUAUCAGCCAAAAUGCCUAUUAACAUCAUUAUCUGGAUAGACCUAGUGCUGUCUCCCUCAGCCUAGAAAGAAACAAAUCAAGUGAUUAUUUUUGUUACUUAUGCCCUAAAGGAAAAUUUACUUUGGUCUCAUUCACCUUGUUUAGAGCCAUGCCAUAGUUUGUUUGUGUUAAUCUGUUUUAGAUUCCUCAGAUAGAAAUUAUAAUUUGCUGGUUUUUUCUUUGAAAUAUUGAAGGAUUAGGUAAUAGUUAUGAAACCUUAGCAUUUUAAAAUGUGCAAAGAUGAAUUAUUUUGAAGAAAGAAUUCAGUGUUUAGUGGAUCCUUUUUCCUUCUCAGACAAUGAUGACUUUUUUCAGUAACUGAUUCCAUUUUGUAAUGCUUUUCGCCUGGCACUGUGAACUUAGAAACAGGAUGGCAUUGGUUCCUUGAACUCAAUUCAGUGAUUUUUAAAAAACAAACCAGCUUUUGAGACACAGAUAUCCUUAACACAUUUCCCAUAUUGGCAGGGUUUGAAAGGCAGCCUACCCAGAGCAGUAUUCUGUCUGUGGUGUGUAUAUGACGAACACUAGACUCGGAGCCAGGAGCCUGGACUGCCAGGGCCAGGCCUUUGGUUAACUUUGAAGCAAAUCAUAAAAUCUGAUUUGGAGCUCAAGAGUCAUCUAGACCAACCCACACCUGAAAAAGAAUUUACUCUACAAUUUCCCCAACAAGUAGUGAUCUGAUUUUCACUUGAAGACCUCUGGUAACACUGAGCCAACUACCUCCUGAGGCAACUCAUCCUGCUUUUGAACUGCCCUUAUUAUUAGAAAGUAUUCCUUUCUAUGAAGCCUAAAUCUGUCUCUACAAUUUCCAUUUAAUGCUCCUAGUUAUGCCCUGUAAAGUUGGCCGGAACAAAACUAAACCCUUGAAGACUGGCCAUCAGGUUCCCCCAAGAAGUCUCUUCUCCAAGCUAGAUGUCACUCAGAUCUUCGUCUAGCAUGCUCUAACAUCCUCUCCCCAUGCCAGUCACCCUCCUUUAGCUGUACUCCAGUUUGUCAAUAUCCUGCAUAAAAUGUGGUGCCCAAACUCAAAACAUGCACUCUGCCAAGGCAGAGUACAUCAUUCUGCACACUGUGCUGCUUUCAAUGCACUCCAAAGAUUGCAACAUUUUUUUUUUUUUGGUUGCCAUGAUUGACUCACAUUGAGCUUUUUCAGUCACUUCUCCCAGGCCUUAGUUUUUUUCUUUUUUAAAAUGGAGUUGUAUUAGGUGCUCCCUGAGGUCUCUUCCAGCACUGUAAUUCUAAGACAUUAGUUCCUCGUUUCAAAAGAGAGUGAUUUUCUGAGGAAGUAUUUGUGAUUUAAAUCCAUACAUACUACCUUUCAUGCUCCAGAAGCAGUUCAAGCCCCAGUUGUGUUAGAAAUCUCCAACCAGGGUCAAUAACCAAGCAAUAAGAACUGCUUUAUCUUGGCAUGUUUGUUCUAACAAAGACUGAUGCACAAUUUUGCUCCUUGGGUUAAGGUAUACUUUUUUUCUUUGUAGCAGUUGUGUUUUCUCUUGGUAAUAGUUAAUCUCUAAAUGGAUCUUGAGAGGAAUCGUGAAAAGAAUGGAAACAUACUAAAAACUACUAAAUCAGGGCUCCACAAAGCAAAUUUCAAGCACAAUAGUUUUAUUACUACUAAUUUUCAUAAUAAUUAUAGUAAUAAUGACAUUUGUAUGGUAUUUUCAAUUAAUUGGUAAUCCCAUUUUAUUCUCUUAACUCUGAGGCAAAUAAGAUAUGUAUUAUUCCUGUUUUCCAAGUAAAGAAACUGGACCCUGGAGUCUUUGAUGCUCAUCUAAAAUCACAAACAUGGUUAGUGAUAGAGCUAGGUCCAAAGCCUAGGACAUGCUUACUAUCACCCCAGCAUUUUUCCCACUAGACCACACACUCCUACAGUGUCUUUCUGAAAAGUUUUUUUUUUUUUUAGCAGUUUUUAGCUGUGGCAUUUGCUUUAGAAUGUAUGAGGGGUUUUUUUUGUCCAAUUGCACAAAACAUUGUCUUAUUCAAAAACAGUUGUGUGAAAUUGAGAAACUGAAGACUCAGCACACAUGUGCGAUUUUGUUUUUUUUUUUUACUUAGGAUUAAAAUGACAUACUUAAAA